GCCGUCUCACACUGACCUCCCAUCAGUUUCCACCCCCCCAUUGCCAAAAGCGGAGCUCGAUGAAGUCCGUUUAUCCGACGACAGCCGGUCUCAAGGUACCCGAGAAUGCCUGCCCAGCUCUGAUGACGCUUCCUGUCACCCAGCCCGUCCGAUGGAAGAAGAUGAUGCCUGCAGCCAGUCAGGCGACAGAGUGGGCCAGGAGAGGCUGUCUGUACCUAUAAGAGAGCAGGACAAAGGCAUCAUUGAUCACACCCAUUCUCCUUACCGCAGAGCGCCGGCCUCUCAGUUGGAGACUCCGCCCCCUGUCCAUAGGAAAGCCCAUAGGAAGACGAACAGGAGGAAAACCAGUGAGUCCUCGUCCUCCUCGCAGCGCCCUGGAGGUCCAGGCCAUGGCCCCCGACCCCACCUGACCCCCACAGACCACAGGCCUGGUCCAGGUGAGAGGCCCUGGCUCACCUGGCAGAGGGAGAGGAGGGAGGCCCACAGAGAGGAUGCAUUCUCCUCAGGCCACACGGACCCUCUGGACCAGACCAUCGAGGAGGUGAUUCAAAGGUGCUGUUAUGGUGCCAUUUCCUGCCAAGAUGAUACAGAUAGCUUCCAGCUAAGCCUCCCUGUUUCCAUGGAAACACAGAGUGAAGACUGGGACUCGCCUGUGCAGGUGGUUUUGCAACGAGCGCAAACUCUCAGUGACACACCUGCGCAGGUGAGUCAGGCGGAGGGGCGGGACCUCUGCCAUCUGAUGGAUGCGCAGGUGGACGUGGAAGAUAGAGUGUACUCACAGCAGCUGCACUUUGCCCUCCACGGGCCGGGUGACGGGACGGAGGAGGGGUUCUGGACCCUACCCAUCGAGGAGGUGAGGCCCGCCCCGGAGCGUAUCCCAGAAUCCUUCAGGGGGAAGACCUGGACCCAGAUCCAGCAGGAGGACGAGGAGAAGGUGGAGAGGCUGGUGAGACAGUUCAGGCGCGGGCGCUUCAUCUGCUACUUUGACACAGAGUCCCUCGCCAGGUAUGGUAGGCGGAGCCAGAAAAUGAAGGGGGAUGCUGAACCCGAGGAGGUGGAGCCAGAUGCAGGUAUGCUACCCCUGCUGGACCCAGACGAGGGGGACUAUGUGUAUAUGAGGAGAAGGAGGGGAAGGAGGCGGAGCUUCAGACUGGCAUCAAGGUGUCAGGUGGUGAAGGUCAGUCACAGCACUCAGACAGUCCGAUUGGUCGUUCCCGCCGUGCAUCAGCUAUCCCCUGAGGCCCCACCCAUCGACUACCCACAAGCCAAUCCAGAGGCAGCUGAGAGGACACCUGUGCCGACGUGGCGUUCUCUCCCUUCGUCGUACUCCAGUAUCAUCACACCUGUACAGCCACGCACUUCGCUGGUCUACCUACUCUCCUCCCCAUCAGGCUCCGCCCCCACCCGAGUGUCAGCGUUAGGCUCCACCCACAAACGCUGCAGAAAGAAACGGCGCCCGCUGGAGCAGCAGGGGUUAAAGGUCAAAUACAAACGACUUCCUGUCCGGUUCUACGACCCCGCCUCCAACCGUAUCCUCAAGAACCCACCCAGAGGCCUCCUGUGGCGCAGAGGCUCCACCCCCUCUGGGCCACCACCGCCCUGUGUUCGUCAGCUGUUCAGGAGUCUGAGCCCGGACCUGAACACCGAUAGAACUCCCACAGAGGUGAAAGGUCACAGCAGCAGCCUUUUGCUAAGCACGCUAAGCAGGGACUCUGCUCAGUCCGACAUAACUCAGGCUCCGCCCCUCAACAGGCUGUCAGAGAGCAGAAGAGGGGCUAGAAGGGAGAGGGCACUCCCCCCACCCUCCCAGAUACAAACCAGGGGUCAGGCCACACCCCUUCACCCAAGGAGGGAGGGGCUGCGCCGGGCUGGACCCGGCAGGAAACCCCCAAUCUCUGCAGGCCCCGCCCCCUUACUGUCAUCACGCAGGAGGAGGGGCCGCAGGUCGCGGCGAUAGCUGAUUUUCAAAAUGAAGUCUUAUUUUUCAUGAAACCUGAUGGUGCUGGUUAUUGAUGGGUUAUUGAUCAGUUAUUCUUGGAUAAUGUAGCCUUUAAUUAGGCUGUUAGAAGUGUAUGGAAGCCUGCUGGUGCCAAUUUUAAAAUAAAAACUGAAUCCAUUUAUCAUUUUUACUGUGUUUGUAGUACGACUUGCCUGUCCAGGUGUGUUUUAAAUGCCAGGUUUGUUUUGGCCAUAAUGAUGUUUUCAAAUCUGAUUGUUUUAAAAUGUUAAUUUUUAAAGUUAAAAAUCGAAAUAUAAAGUUUAAUCUGUCCAUUUUGAAGAGCUUUUAUUGUUUUAAUUUAAUUAUUUUAAAGUUUUAUUUGGGAAGCAUUGGAGUAAAAAUUAUGAAUGGAUUUUAUUUAUUGUGUGUAAACAAAAUUCGGAUGAAAUGUUAAAAAAUAUGACAAAAGAAAUUUCAUGUUUUAUUUAAAUUCAUGUUUGUAAAACCACAUGAAACAUGACGACUUGAUGAUGAUCCUGGCAGCUUCACGUCUCCAUAGAAACACGUUAUGUUUUGGUAACUUUUCUACAGGUGAACUUUGAUACUUUUUGUAUCUGUGCAUUUAUUUAAUGAUUAAAUAAAGUUUUCUAAGCUGGACGAAUCAGCUGGUGAGUUUG